AAGCGCGGAGCUUCCACUUUCCAUGUCCAACGGCCGAAGCUGAAGAGGCCUCCCUGGUCCACGAAUACCUUCCAACAACAUCAUUUGUCUCGUCGCUCUGCUGCAUCCUCGCUACGUCCCGAAAACCGUCCCCAGUAGUCAAUCGUCGUUGCCAUCGUGGCUGGGAGCUGGCGUUCAACGUCCCCCCAUGCCCUAAUAGCCUCGUUGCCCCAACCCACGCCACUCGCAACCUCGAGAAUCCGAGCGCAGGCAGCCCGGGACUCCUCCUUCGACCGUCCACGAAGCGGGCACGAUCAGCAUGGCUCCCAAAGGCCUCGCAUAUCGGGCGCUUGCUAUCGCGCUCAUCGCCGCGAGUUCAAUUGUUGCACCAGCUACCGCCAAUCGCAUUCCCGUCAAUGCCAAGUCACAGCCAGCGCCGAGCUCCUCCUCCCCCUCCUCCUCCUCCAUCUUGAGCCGCAUCCUAGACUUCGGCCCAUUCAGAUGGUCUCUCAGCCGGACCAAUCGACAACAACACAGCUGGUGGGAGAACGCACAGAUACGCGAAUCGCUGCGCAUAUACGAAGACCAGGUCGUGGUCCGCUUCAAUGUCACCACACAAGACGACGAGGCUGCCCUUCGGCGAGCCAUUGAUCGCAUGAUUCUGGACGUCUGGGACUUCACGGCCAACCAUACCGAUGUGCGCAUAGAGUCCAAGAAGCGGGUGCGCGCCUUCUUGAGUCUGCUACCCGAGUCGCUCCGCGAGGGCCACAGCAUUCUCAUCCCAGACUUGUCACGUGCGAUCGCUGCGUCCUACCCGUCAAAGUCCCACGACGACGCCGAGCUCCAGUCACUCUUCCGGACGCGCGGCGUCACAGAAUCAGUCAAGAACUGGAUUCCAUUCCUGUCAAAAACCUCGACCGGCACCGACGAUCUCUUCUUCCAGGAUUACCAGUCGUUGGCUACUAUCACGACCUGGAUGAAGUUCCUCGAGUCCAUGUUCAAGUCUCGCGGGCACGUCCGCCUGAUCAGUCUUGGCCAGUCCUAUGAAGGGCGGGAGAUACCCGGAUUGCGAGUGGGACUGAAGGAUCACGACGAGGACGAAUGGGCUCGGCGCGAGACCAUUCUCGUCACCGGAGGUAUCCACGCGAGAGAAUGGAUCUCCACCAGCAGCGUCAACUACCUCGCAUGGUCGUUUAUCAGGGCCAUCGACUCGGAUCCUCUGGUGACCACGAUCCUCGAGAAUUUCGACAUCGUCUUUGCCCCAGUCAUCAACCCCGACGGAUACGUAUACAGCUGGGACGUAGAUCGUCUCUGGCGCAAGUCAAGGCAGCCCACAACUCUGUCCAUCUGCCCAGGUUUCGACCUCGAUCAUUCCUUCGGCUUCCGCUGGAACUCCCUGCAGCACCAGGAUGAGCAGUGCUCCGAGAGCUACGGCGGCCACACAGCCUUCGAAGCAGUCGAGGCGAAGCAGCUCGCCGACUGGGCCCGCAACGAGACCCAGCGGGGCACCAGCUUCGUCGCGCACCUCGACCUGCACUCCUACUCUCAGCAGGUCCUCUUCCCUUAUGAGUACUCGUGCAGUGCCCUCCCACCGAACUGGGAGACGCUGCAGGAGGUAGCAUUCAACCUGGCGAAGCACCUACGCCUGGCCAAUGGCGAGCCAUACACGGUCGCGUCAGCCUGUGAGGGCGCCACGGCCUACAAUCAGUCGUCGUCCUCCUCCUCUUCGCCGGCCGUGACGGAGCUCAACAGGAUCGAGAACAGAGGCGGCGCCAUGAUCGACUACUUCUUCCACGAGUUCGGCGCGCGCCACAGCUACCAGAUCAAGCUGCGCGACACGGGCAGCUACGGCUUCCUCCUGCCCGGCAGUGCCAUCGUGCCCACCGGUGAGGAGGUGUUCCAGGCCAUGCGCUACCUAGGCGACUACCUCCUCGGCAACAAUGGCCACGAGUGGUCUUCCACGGCUGGCCAGGACGGUGCUCAGAGUUAUGGAAACGGUGCAGAGAAAGGUGGCCCAUCGUCACCAUCUGCAGAGGAUAUACCGAAAUCGCCUGAUCAGGAGGCUCAGGCCGAGCUUCGGCGGCGGGAUGGCAUGCGCAGGGUUCUGCGGUAAGAGUAUGUGGCAUACUUGCAGUUCUCUAUUUGUGCAGCGCUUCUCGUGUUUAUAGGAUGUCAUGGUUAGCCUUGAUUAGCUUUUGGCCUUUGCUACGGUAUUCUUCGGGUUUGGAACUAAUGCUUACUCCCCUUCCCUGCUGCACGAACCGGUCACGGUGCUGGGGAAAGUCAUUCAUGUUUAGUUCAAGGCGUUUGGGCACGGCUCGCACGGAGUAGGAUGGUAUAGUCACAAUUCUAUGUUUGAUUACAACAA